CAGCAUUUCUCUGGCCGGCGGCCCUAUAUCUAGAUGUUUUGUCAGCUGCUUGUAGUUGCAAGUCUCGAAGCCUUUUCGGUUCAAGACACAGCUGUCGCCAUUCAACGUGUGACGCGGUCAUCAUGCCUGUGAGACGCUCCCAACGGAUCCGGCCCUUCGUCAUGGCCGUGGUCUUCCUCUUCCACACGGAGCUCCUCAGUUUUUGCGGCAUGUCAAACCCUCGCAUGUCUCCGGCCGAUCGCCGCUUGAAGCCGGCUUUGAAUCUUUGGUUCAAAGGAAAGCCGGAGGAGACAGCAGAGCCAGAGCCAAGGCAAGACAUCAGCACCAUGGAUGUCGGCGCGGUGUCUCAUUGGCUGCGGACUUUGAGCAUGGGCCAAUACAUUUCAACGUUUGAAGCUGCAGCUGUUGAUGGGCUGUUGCUGGCAAACCUGACUGGCCAGGAUCUGCAAGACAUUGGCAUAGACAAAGGAAUCCAUCGCAAGAAGAUUCUCAUGCACCGUGAUAAGUUGCUUGUGGAGGGUGUGAAGACCUUGUCAGUGGGUGAUCAGUUGCUCUUGGAUCGCGAGUACUCGGUUGUCAGGGGCAACGAUGCAACACCAGAUCCUGAGGUUCAGCGAUUUGCGCCAACAAUUUUGAAGCACAUGAGAAAAGAAGGCUUGGACCUCCAAGUUCCCCAUGAAAUAUUCAUCAAGAAUGUGGACAGUGUUGAUGCUGAUUUGUUGGAGCAAAGUGGCAUUUUGGACACUCUUGAAGCUAUCAACCACUAUGUUUGGAGCCACACAGCGACUGUUGAUCAGGAUGCUGGGGGUGUCCGGGAAGAGAUUCAGGCGGACCUUCUCCAGAUUGUGCGAGACAAGAGUGCACUUCGGGAAAGGAUCAUGAGAAUCCAGGGUGGCAAAAAGCAGUUGGCAGUUGCCAUCAGCAGCUUUUGCCAAAAAGUGAAGAACAAGAUGACGGACCCAGAAAAAGCCCGUGCCUUAGCGCAUCUGAAUGAAAGUCUUGAGAAUUGGGAAGAGAAGAUGCUGGAACAGGCCAACAAAGCUGCGUUGUGCAGUCAAGAGUUGCUCCAACGUGCCUCCGCUCGUUUGCACUCUUCGCUACCAGGAGGGUCUGCAGUGCAAGCGAACCUUGAUGAACUCUCCCAGUUGACUGAAGACAAGGAGAGAGCCGCAGAGAAGUGCAAGUGCAUCUACAAUUUGGCAGAUCCGGAGGUGCAAUAUGCCCUUGCGGCGCGGAAUGGCGGGUUGAAAGAUAUGAUUGCUUCCGAAGAGAAAGCACUUCGGGGACUAGAGGAGCAGAACGACCGUCUUGUGGAGCAGAAGGCAAGGUAUGAGCAGCGCAAGGAGAAGUAUCGAGACAUGGGAGUACAACAGCGAAAUGAAACAAGGAAUAUUCGCGACUGGCACGUCAAGAGCUGGUGGCGAUUCUGGUGGAAAGACGAAAUGGAGGUGUACGACAACCAGGUGAAGAAGGAUGAAGAACAGCGUAUGUCAGAUGAACAACUACUUGAUCAGAAGUUGGAAGAGAUUGAGAACAAUCUUACGGAUAUCAAUGUCCAGAAAGGAAAACGGCAGGAGCAUCUUGUAGAGCUCAGGAAGAAGGAUUCCGAAAAGUUUUGGAAAAAUAUUCUGAAUUCGCAAGGCUUGCUGUCAGCAGAGGCCGAAGUGGAACAGAAAGAUGCAAGCCUUAAAGUUCUGCAAGAUCAGUUGCUGGAAGUUAUGAGAGCGACAGGAGUUACUAAUCCUGAAAUGGCCACAAGACUUAUCACCCAACAUGAAAGGACCAAGUUCUUGUAUUCGGAGGUUAGUGCCAAAUCUCGAGAGGUGGCCACGAAUAUGCAAGAAUGGCUGUCGUUGGCAGGAAGCAUCAUCCGUGACCCCACCAUUUCCAUCGAUGCCCUUCCAAUGGCGCUGCUCAUCCUUCACGACGAGCAUCAAGAACAGAUGCGGUCGCUCCAGAAGUCCAGGCCCCAAUUUUUGAAGAGGAUCUGGGACUCGACGACCCUCGCCCUGAGUCCACCCGCUUUGAAUGCCACGGCGUGAAUUUGGCCACUUUCUGUGUGUCUGUGGUACGGACAUGCAAAACGCCUGAAUGCAGGUGAAACUCGGCUCAUUUUACGAGCUGGCCAGGUUCAUGCAUAGAUUUUGCCGUGAAGGAGUUAAAGAAAAACCUUGCCUGAUUUCCCACGUGAGAGGUACUGUCUUGGGAUUUUGCGUGCCCUGCUAGAUUUUGGAAUUUGUUUUUCUGGGAGACUGCAACAUACUGACUGCAGCUACAUCUGCU